AUGGAGGGAGUCUUUGGAUCAGCAGAAAGCCGCGACCAGAUCACUUUCGAGCGCGAACAACCACUAGCUUCUUCGAAAAUGCUCAACGCAUUCCAAAUGCCGGCAGGAGACCACGCAUUUUUAUUCGAUUUUCCCCUUCCAAGUAAGAUUCUCGACACGGUGACUGGGGCAAACAAUCAAUACCACACAUAUCGGGUGGAGCUUGUUAUCGAGCGACGCCUCAAAAGCGAUUUCGUGGUCUCGCAGCCAGUUAGGAUCUACCAAGUUUUCGAUUUUGAGACAAGCUAUUUAAGACCGCAUUGUCCGUUGACUCUCGAGGGUCAUUCCAAGGAAAAUAUCCAGUAUCGCCUCUCUAUCACUGACCGGAACGUCCCCUUUGGUUGCACAUUUCCCGUGGAAUGCUGGUUUGCACCGCUGGUGAAGUACGCUACACUCAACACCGUUACCAUCAAAGUAGUUGAGAAACAGACUGCGCGGUUGGAUGCUACUGCUGCAGAAUCAGUGCGACACAAUGUACGGUUUAUCACUGCAGCACAAACUCAAACUGUUUUCUCCAAGACCAUUGAUUUCCCUCAAGGAGAUGAGUCUUCGGGAGAUGGUCCUUCGGAAAUUGAAUGGCGUUUCACCACACCCGUCUCUCUGCCCCAGAGUCUCGACGCCUGCUCGCAGAGUGUAUCGACUAGACACAUCAAGAUCAGCCAUGAGCUUUCUAUUAGUGCUGAGUUCCGCGGCGAAAGGAGAGAUACUACAAUUGUGAUGACGCAAAUUAUGCCGUUUAAAAUUUAUAUGACACCCCAUGUGAUUGGACAAAAUGCGUUCAUUCGUGGGGAAGAUAUCCAACAGAUGCCGGGAAGUCAAAGUCCUCCUCCAGCUUAUAGUGAGCGUUUUUCGGACUUGAUGAUCUCGACAGCCGCUCAACUGGAUAUAUGCGGACAUCCGAUGCUAGCGGAGAUCAAUUCAGCGCGUUCAUCAAGUGAACAAAGUGCCACUACUCACACCACCGAGUCCUCUCCCCGAUACGAGGUCGUAUACUCUGUUUGA